AUGCAGCAGGAGCAAACCUCCACGGCCCAGAAGCCCGGCCAGCCCGAGCGCGCGGCGGGCGAAUGGACCGCCCAGCCCCCUAGCGAGACUCUCGCCCGAGCAGCCGCACAGGGCCUCAAGCCUCCCGGGCCGCCCGCGCGACCGCGGGUGCCGCCCGGCCCGCCGCCCGGCCCCAAGCCGCAAGCGAGCGCCACCCCAGCGGCGCCCCCCGCCGCGGACGGGGCGCCCGCGAAGGACCUGCCGCCCGCGCUGCUCGAGCGCCUCAAGAAGCGCGGCCUCGUCAACCACGCCCGGCCGCAGGAACAGCAAGAACCACAAGCGCCGCCCGGGGCGUCCGAGGCGGAGCGCGACGCGCACGGAGCCCCGCCCGCCGCCGCGCAGCCAGCGACCCCCCCGUUGGCACCCCCGGCACACCCCCCGCACGGCGACUACGGCGCGUGGGACGCCCUCGGCCUGCCCCCGGACUGGCGCGAGGCCCGCUGCCCCGCCAGCAACGCCACCUACUUCUACCGCCCCGCCACCGGGGACCGCUCCUGGCUGCCCCCGCGCGACUCGCAGCCCCGCUGGCUCCCCGAGGGGUGGCGCGUCGCGCGUGACCCGGAGACGGGCCACCGUUACUACUGCAACAAACGGCAGGGCCUGAGCCAGUACGACCACCCGGACUGCGCGGCCCCGGUGCCGUCGGCGCCCGCGGAGAGCGCGGGGGUGUUCUCCGCCAGUCGGACCUGGCAGGGAAUACGCCCCGGGUACUGUUUCAAGAAGGGCCCCCGGGGCCUCGGGUACUACUGGGACGACCCCGCCGCGCACGACGCCGCCGGCGACGCGCCCGCCGCGAAGCGCCCCGCCGCGGCGCCCGCGGGCGAGCGCGCCGCACCGAAGGCCGCGCCGGCGGGCACGUCGCCAGCGGGCCCUCCCGCCAAGCGCGCGCGCACGUUCAGCAACGCGAUCGACCCGAUGGACCCGGCGUCGUACUCGGACGCGCCGCGGGGCGGCUGGAGCGCCGGGCUCGCGGGGACGCAGCCGCGCGCCGCCGACACCACGGCGUCGGGCCCCCUGUUCCAGCAGCGGCCGUACCCGACGCCCGGGUCCGUGCUGCGCGGGAACGCCGCGCAGCACCAGGCGGGCCCGCAGCGCCAGUGA